CAAAAACUAAGUAGGACCAGAAUUCGUCUAAUAGAAACUAUCAACUUCAAGAUGAGCUUCAAUAUUCGUUAAUUGCAAUCGACCCACACUUGCAUCCUCACCAAGCCAGAUUACACUCCAGAAAGAGUUGUGUUUCUAACCUUUUGAUCGUUCUUACUCCACGUAAAGUUUCCUUUUAUGGCUUCUGCUGCAGUAAUAAGAUUCUUUAUCAUCUUCACUUCGCUUCCCGUAAUCAUACAUUCUACCCCUUUUGUUGUCUUUCAUGGCAUUGCGGAUAGUUGCAGCAACGAAGGACUUAAACAAUUCAUUGAACAUUUAAGCGAGUGGUCUAAUAGUCAUGGAUAUUGCAUAGAAAUAGGGAAUGGAAUAUUGGAUUCUUGGUUUAUGCCAUUUGACAAACAGACGGAAAUUGCUUGUGAAAAGGUGAAGAAUAUGAGUGAACUCAGUAAAGGUUACAACAUAGUUUCACUUUCCCAAGGUAACAUGGUUGGACGAGGAGUUCUUGAAUUUUGUGAUGAAGCACCGCCGGUGAAAAAUUACAUAUCAUUAGCAGGUCCUCAUGCCGGGGAAGCAUCAAUUCCAUUUUGUGGUUCGGGUUUCUUGUGUACUCUUCUGGCUGAUUUGAUAGAUUUGGUGGUUUAUAGCGACUUUGUCCAGGAAAACUUUGCCCCAUCAAAUUACAUCAAGAUCCCCACUGAUCUUGAUGGGUAUCGAGAAGGGUGUAAAUUCCUACCAAAGCUAAAUAACGAGUUUGAAAAAAAUGCCACAUACAAAGAAAGGUUCACUAGCUUACAAAAUUUGGUGCUUAUAAUGGAUGAUUCAGAUUCAGUUUUGAUACCAAAAGAAAGUUCUUGGUUUGGAUACUUCCCUGAUGGAUCUUGGGAGCCAUUACUUCCAACACAAGAGACAAGACUAUAUAUUGAAGACUGGAUCGGGUUGAGGACAUUGGACGAGGCUGGGAGGGUCAAAUUCGUAACAGUUACGGGAGGACAUCUUGAAAUUUCAGAUGAUGAUAUGAAAAAAUAUAUUGUGCCAUAUUUGGUAGAUGAAAAAGCACUCGAGAAUUCCAUUAUGAAAGAAUCUUUGGAGAGUUACCAAAAUCGGAUGUUGAUGCCACGAGUUAUAUCAGAAAACAUGGUGGAAAAUAAGAUCUUCAACUGA